AUGGCAAGACGAAUAAGUUUUAUUGGACACUUGAAUGCUGAAUGGGACAUACCCUGUUUAUCUCUUGAAGAUAUGGUCACGACGUGCGAGCAAAACCCGAGAAGGCUUUCGUAUUUCGACUUCCCAAUAUUAGAAGACGAUCAUUUCAAUUUAGACUGUCUCAAUGAAAAACCAAACAUCUCCAUUAACUGCAUCCCGGAAACAUCUGGGAAUGAUUUACAAGCGGAAGAGCUGAUGGUGGAUGAUGACAACAAAAAUAACUCCCCGUCUCACAAACAGCGCAAGUUCUUGUACCUAUCGUAUGAGAACGAGAUAAACAAUAUCGUUUUCAACAGUUCCGAUCUAAACUGGUCAAUCAAUGACAUCAAAAAGGAAUUAAUGAGCUGGACAGUUUGGAAAGUCUGCAAGCUGUUUGUCCAGCAACUGAUGGAGGAAAAUAAUGAGGACAUCAGUGGACAUCAAAAACGUUUUAGAUUUGGAUCUACGAGUGAAGAUGACGACUACAACGAUUUACAAAAUUUUAAUUUUUCCAAUUCUUGA